AUCGAACUCAUAUUAUCUGACAUUCCCUUCAUAUCGGUCGGGAUGUUAACUUUUGGAGCAUCUGCAUUCUUUCUCGUUAUUAGACAGUUCACGCUAUCCGUUGCCUCCUUGUAUUUUUCGGUGUUGCUCUCUUUUGCAGCUGCUGUCAUCGACCUAACACAAACCCUUAUCCGUGACUUGACCCAGGUCACCGUACAACCAUUAAUCACCACAAGGGAGGUUUUGCUUGCUCUGUCCCUUGGCCUACGCUUUCUCUUUUAUUGGCUGUACGUCUCGGAACCCCCUAUUGGAGAACCCCGGCCCUUUUCAUUCCAGGAUCGAUGUCGAACCAACUUUCUUUCACUCGGCUCUCAGGACAGCAUCCACAGCGGUAAUUGGGCUCGGUGGGGUGUUACAGGAUCCUAUGCAAAGUUUGCUUUGUUGGCUGCCAUCCCUGCUAUCACCGCUUUGCAAAUCCUUUGGCGCGUAAUUCAACGAUACCACAAUUAUGGCCCGGUGUAUGCAGCAAAUGUUACACUCGAGGUCCUAGUCUCCGUAUUGCUUCUUCUCAAAAUGCUAUUAAACACAUUACCAACCUUGUCGAUUCCCCGAUCGCACACUUUCGGGGAAUAUGGGUUUCCCAUUGUGGCCCUAAUGUUCAAUAUUGGCAUUUCCAUCGGAGACUUGAUUCGCUUCGCAUUCACAGAAUCAAUCCUUGGCCGGCUUCUUCAAGGAGUAGAACUUUACAUCUUGAUCGUCUUUAUGAUGAUUCUCCACUUUUUCCGUCACAAAAAGAUCCUAGUCAUCUCCAAAACCAGGGAUUCGUUACUGUUGAAAGCCAAGUUGCCAGAGCAGCCCCGUGAAUCGACAUUCAGGCUGUCCCCACCGGUGGUACUUACACCCAGAGUAACAGCCCGUUUCAGUUCCGAAAACCAAGGCAGGAGUACAAACACUGAUGUCGCCCGUCAUUCUGUCCGUGCCAGCGUAAGCCGCGCGCCCUGGGCUUCUUGGCGCAUGUCCCACAGCCAGUCGAACCAAGAUGAGGAGAAAGCCAAAUUAUGGGACCAGAGCGAAGCUGGAAAGGGGGCUCUCGAUCCGCCUGACAUGGGUCAAACCAGUGCCAGAGACCAGAGCAUGACUUCCGCUGCUUCUGUCGCAGGCAGGAUAUCCACAGAAUGGAGAGACAUCGUGAAUGAUUCUGUUCCCAGUUCUUCGAGGCUAUCCAUGCUCGAUGUUCACUCGGCAACCACAGGGUCUCGGAACGGGUCUAUGAGCAGUGGACAAAUCUUGCAUGCAAUCCGUACAGAAAUACCCGCCCGCCCCCUCCCUCUGAAGUUGCAGACGAUGUCUCUUAUUACUAUUCCGGCUACUGAAACAUCCUCCAAUGAAAACGGAGGUGCCGUUAUCAUGACUGCCCCUCCAGACCCACCAGCUCGUGAUUCGCCUAUAUAUGCGAUCAAGGGCUUUACUCCUCAACCUCCACAACCUCCACGAGUUUCCAGCAGGCAUUCAUCCAGCAGAUCGCUCGAAGAACUGCUAGAACUGCAGAAUGAGCUAGAUAAAACAAUUGCAACGCUGCGAUUAUUUUCUCCGACUUCUCCAAUUUCCUUCUCCCCAACCUCUACUACUCCAAGCUCCCCUUCAUCAUCGAGAAGGGAUUCAAACCAAACUGAACAAAUGCGUCAGUCAUCCUCCACCGGCGCGCGGACACUGUCCGAUUUCUCUUUGAGCAAUUUCCCCUCCCCACCAUGGUUGGCUGCACGGGUUCCUUCUCUUCCUUCACCCUUACCGGCUGUUAAAUUACGACUGAAGGAAGAUCGUCGGGCCCGUCUUCGGUUAGGUCAGGACUCGAUUUCCGAUACUCUUGGGCUUCCGCCGCCAAGAAUUCCAGCAGCUUUAACAGAUAUGCCUAGCUCUCCUCGUUCUGACCUCACAUCAGACUCCCCCUAUCAAGAAGACGGGUUGUUGCCUGCGGACGCGGGGCGAUCAUAUAGGUUCAACUCCGGCGGAACGCAGUACGAAAUUACAUCUUUCAUAGGCGGUAAGUCUUGA